AUGGAUGACGAUGACUGGGACCUGGCGGCGUUGGAGGAGCUGGAGGCGGCCGCUCUGGCGCAGCGCCAGCAGCAGCCCGCUCCCCACAACGCCUUCCAGCCCUCCGGCGCAAAUCAGCACACAUGGCAGCCGCCGCCACCCCAGCAGCAGCCGCAGCCGCAGCAGCAGCAGCCGCAGUGGGGCCAUCCGCUGGAGGGUGCAGCCCCGCCCCCGGGCAGGCCAGCCUAUGGGGCAGCACCCAGCUGGCAGCGGCAGCAGCAGCAGCAGCAGCAAGCGCCGCCGCCUGGCCCACAAGGCAGGGGCAGCGGUGGCGCCGGCCCCAGCGGCGUGGCUGGCAGGUUGCCCGGACGAGCAACGGGUGCAGCCACCCACAGGCCGCCGCCAAAGAAGCAGCAGCCGCGGGGGCAGCGCCAGAAGACGCCGCCGGCGGCCGCCAGCGGCCAGGGCCAGAAGCUCGUGCAGCCGUGUGUGUAUGCCUUUUGGAGAAACACGUCGCCUGGCCCCGGGGCGCUGCCGGCGGCCGCGGCGGCUGGGGCCGGGCCUCCCGCCGCCCUGCCCCACUACCAGCACCAGCAGAAGCUGCAGCAGCAGCCCGCGCAACAACCGCCACCGCAACGGCAGGCUUGGCCGCCGCCGCCGCAGCGCCAGCAGGUCGCAUCCAGGCCUGCAUCUUGGCGAGCGCACCCAGGGAAUGCAGCACAGAUGCAGGGGCCUGCUCCCCAGCAGCAGCAGCAGCAGCUACCUUAUGCGCCGCAGCCGACCGCGGGAUCCCGCCCUGCACCACCACACCAGCACCAGCAGGCAGCCUUCAGGACCACAGCCGAUGCAGCUCGCUCGCUUGUCGAGGGGCUGCCGCCUCAGGCCGCUGCCGGUGCCGCACAUGCGGCGGGCCCUCAGCAGCCUCAGCAGGCUCAGCAGGCAUUCCGUGAUCAGCCACCGGCGCAGCCCCACGGGCAGCAGCACGGGCAGCAGGUGCCUGCCGACAUUGACAUGGAGUUUUACUUUCCAGAGGGCAUGACAGCCUCAGCCACGGCGCCGUCGGCAUCAGCUUAUCACAUGCCCGCACAGCAGCAGCAGCAGCAGCAGCAGCAGCAGCAGCAACAGCAGCGGGCCCCAGCAGCCGCCGCCCCAGCAGACUUCCCCGGCUUUGCCCCGGCGGCAGCGGCGGUGCAGCCGGGGCGGCAGCAGCCCUCGCAGCAUCAGCAUCAGCAGAUGCAGCAGGAGCUGCCAUACCAUCGUCCCCAACCGGCUGCGGCACAGCAGCCUGAGCCCUGGCAGCCCUGGCAGCUGGCCUUUGCUGCACGCCCAACCGGUGGCGGGCCAUCGCCCCGCGGCGGCGUCAUGUCGCCUGUGGCCGCAGGGGUCUGCGCUCGGCACUGGGUGUUUCCCAAAGGCGUGUCGCAGCGGAAAUACCAGCUGGCCUGCAUCCAGACCGCGCUGCUGACCAACACGCUGGUGUGCCUGCCCACGGGUCUGGGCAAGACGCUGAUCGCGGCGGUCGUCAUGCACAACUUUGCGCGCUGGUUCCCAGAGGGCAAGGUGGUGUUUGUGGCGCCCACCAGGCCGCUGGUGGCGCAGCAGAUGGAAGCCUGCCACUCCUUCAUGGGCAUGAGCAAGUCGGGCUUCUGCGAGAUAACGGGCGGCUCGAGGCCGGAUGCGCGCAAGCAGGAGUGGCAGGGCGGCAUCCGGCGCGCCUUCUUCUGCACGCCGCAAACCUUCUGGAAAGACUUGCAGAAUGGCAUCUGCCCGUAUGAGCGGGUGGUGUGCCUGGUGGUGGACGAGUGCCAUCGAGCCACGGGCAACCAGGACAUCGUGAAGGCAGUGUCGCUUAUGCGGCAACAUAAGUGCAAGUUCCGCAUCCUGGGCCUCAGCGCCACUCCGGGCGCCGACGGCGCCAAAGUGCAGGCAGGGCGCGCCUCGCUGCCGCGGCGCAUUCCGCUUCUGACGGUUGCCGCCAAAGUCACGCGGCUUGUGAUGCUGGAGGUGAUCGAGAAGCUGAUGAUCUCCGCCAUCGAGUUCCUGGAGCUAGUAUACCCCACGCGCGAGACGGUGCCGCUGCGCGCAGUGCUGCUCCGCCUGAUCCACAAUUUCAUUGCGUCGCUGGUUGCCAAGAAGGAGUACUAUGGAAACCCCAACCCAGAGACUGUAUCCAGCCACGCGCUGCGCACCUCUCAGAAGGCGAACUCCUUCAACCCCGCAAUCGCACAGGCAGGGCUGGCCUGGGCGGGCCUCGGCACCUGCGCCCAGGCGCUUGUGCAAGUAAGGGAUUUGCUGGAUGUGUACGGAGUGGCCCAGGCGCUAUCAUAUCUCAACCAGAAGAUCAACGAUAACUAUAUGAAGAGCCUACGCGACGACAGCAUGUUCUGCAGUUUCCAGCAGUCCCUAGAGGCCGCUGUGCGGAACGGAGGCAGCAGCCCCAAGCUCAUCAAGCUGGUGCAGAUCCUGCGCCAGCACUUCUCGGCGCAGGGCGGGGAGGAGGGCGCCAGUGGGCGGGUGAUUGUGUUCACCAAUUUCCGUGACGGAGUGGCGGAGAUUCGCGCGGCGCUGCAAGCGCACGAGCCGCUCAUCACUGCCAGGUCAUUCAUCGGCCAAAGCAACAGCGGCAAGAGCCGCGGCGGCAAGGCCAGCGGCGGCGGCAUGACCCAGAAGGAGCAGAAGGAAGUGUUGAAGGGGUUCAGGUCUGGCGCCUUCAACUGCCUGGUAGCCACCUGCAUCGGCGAGGAGGGGCUGGACAUCCCGCAGGCGAGCUGCCACAAGGACGCAUGCCUGGCCGGGGUGGACCUGAUCGUCUGCUACGACGCCACCUCCUCCCCCACUCGCUCCACCCAACGCAUGGGGCGCACGGGGCGGCACAAGGAGGGCCGGGUGGUGUACAUCCUGGCUGCUGGCAGGGAGCAAGAUAAGUACAACCAGAUUGAAGAGGCGAGCAUCAGCAGCAGCAUCGACAGUGGCAGCAUCAGCAGCAGCAUCAGCAGCAGGCAGCAGCAAUGCCCUGCACCGUGA